CAUACAUAUCUAAAUCCAAAAAACUAAGGCUUUUGUUGAUUUCCAAUAAACAUGGUUGGUUAUACAACAAUGAUUUUUGCAUUGUUUUUUUUCUUAUGCAUCAUUUUUCAAAUUAAUCGAAGACGAUGUUGCAAAUGCCCCAUCUCAAUAGAUUAUCCUUUUGUAGGCAUGUUACCACAACUCCUUUGGAACUUAUGGAAAUUUCAUGAUUUCAUAACCCAAACUCUCAAACAACAACAUAGAAGCACAGGUGAGUUCAAGGGACCUUGGUUUUCACAAAUGAACUUUUUAAUCACUAGUGACCCCUUCAAUGUCCAUCACAUUAUGAGCAAGUUUUUUUACAACUAUGUCAAAGGUUCUGAGUUUCAUGAUAUUUUUGAAGCCUUUGGUGAUGGAAUCUUUGCUACUGAUUCAGACACAUGGAAAUACAAUAGGUCUCUUUUUCAUUCUGUUUUCAAACAGAGAGACUUUGAAAUUUUUCAAGAGAAAAUCAUACACAAAAAAUUGGAGACAAGUUUGUUUCCUAUGUUGGAUCAUGUUGAAAAACAAGGGUUAGUGUUGGAUUUACAAGAUGUCUUUAGUCGAUUCACAUUUGACAACAUUUGUUCCGUAAUUCUUGGAUGUGAUCCUAAUUGUCUUUCAAUUGACUUCCCCUAUGUUGUUUGUGAGAAGGCUUUUGACCAAAUUGAAGAAUGCAUAUUUUAUAGACAUGUUUUGCCUAAAAGUGUUUGGAAGUUCCAAAAAUUACUUGGAAUUGGUCAUGAGAGAAAAAUGACCAAAGCAUGCAAAGAAUUUGAUCAAUUUAUAUAUUCAAGUAUUGAGUCCAAAAGAGAAGAGCUAAGAAAAUGUAGCAAAAAUAAUAUUGAAAUGGUUGAUUUGUUAACACUUUUUAUGAGAAAAGAUAAGGAGUCACAACAAGUAAUACAUGACGACAAGUUUUUAAGGGAUGCUGCAUUUAAUCUCUUUGUUGCGGGAAGAGAUACUAUAACUUCGGCACUUACAUGGUUAUUUUAUCUUGUUGCUACACACCCUUUAGUUGAAACCAAAAUUCUUGAAGAGAUUAAAGAUAAUUUUAAGACUAUUAAUAUUGAAAAGAAGUUAGGUGUGGAUGAUGUGAAAAAACUUGUUUAUCUCCAUGGUGCUAUUUGUGAAGCUCUAAGGCUUUUUCCUCCUAUUCCCUUUGAGUCCAAGAAAGCAAUUAAAGGUGAUAUACUUCCAAGUGGACACAUUGUUGAUCCUAAUACAAUGAUACUAUUUUCUUUGUAUUCAAUGGGAAGAUUUGAAGAUAUAUGGGGAAAAGAUUGCUUGGAGUUCAAGCCAGAGAGAUGGAUAUCUGAAAGAGGAAGAAUUGUUCAUGAGCCAUCUUACAAAUUCUUUACUUUUAAUGCUGGACCUAGGACUUGUUUGGGUAAAGACUUGUCCUUCAUUCAAAUUAAGAUGAUAGCAACUUCUAUUUUGUGCAAAUAUCGUGUCCAAGUAGGGGAAGAUCACAUUCCUAUCUUAAGCCAUUCAAUUGUUCUUCUUAUGAAGAAUGGUUUGAGGGUUAAGUUAACAAAAAGACAAAAUUGAUGUAUGGAAGAUAUAAAUUUCAUCUAAAGAAACUAUUAAUAAUUGUCUCU